GAAAAUGGCGGCAAAUGUAGACGACAUUUGUCAGUCUCUGGAAACGACAACAGAUGUUUUAUCAACAUUGGUUGAGUUGAAAGCAGCUUUAUCAUCUGUCAGAACAAUAAACCUUCAUACUGUAGUCUCAGUUUCAUCUGUACAGAAGUUGUUUGGCUUGUUAAACACUGAUAAUGGUGAAAUCAUUGAAGAAUGUUGCAGUAUUUUAAAAAAUGUUUUGCUUGCAUGGUCACCUGCUGUUGGAUUGGACCUGUUCAAAACCGAUUUUGAUAUAGGAUUACAGCACUCUUCUACAACUAUACAGUGUUUAUGUUUAAGACAGCUAGAACUCGUUGGUGGAGAUGACCAAACACUACUGAAUUGGGAUUCAGCGAGAGAUGUCAUCAAAACUGUGAUAAAUUUGAUAGCUAGCCCUUCCCUACAGGUGGCAAAACAUGCACAGAAUGUUGUGCUAAAUAUAAGCAGAACAAAUGAUGGUCUGGAUUUUAUCUACACAUCAGAAUUGUUAUCCUCUCUACAAGAAGUCCUUCAGAAAGAUGAUACUGUCAAAUUCAGAGUUUAUGAGUUGAUAGUUCAUAUCAGUAAAAUAUCUGAAUCAGCUCUGCAAAAGACAAAUGAGUCAGGAUUACUACAGCUGCUGUUAAAUGAGGUCCAUAAAGAUGAUAUUCUUACUCAGUUAAAUUGUUUGGAACUACUUUCUGACCUUGGUAUGGUGGAGCAUGGGAUCGUUUUUCUAGACGGAGCAGGAAUCAUUAAGCAGAUAGAGACCCUACUGUCAACAUCUUCUACAGAUCCAAUGGGAGGACUCUUAUUACCAGGUUUAAUUAAGUUUUUUGGAGGUGUUGCCUAUUUUUAUCCCAAGGAAGUGUUUAAUGGAAACAAGACAUUCGUUAACCUGAUGUUAAGAAACUUGACUUCAGAAGAUAAAAAUUUAUGCAGUAUUUCUGUACAGACUAUUGGACUGAUAGCUAAAACAAUAGAGGGAAAACUAGCUCUUGAGAAGUUAGGAAAUAUGUUUAUUGAUGGGUUACAGACAAUAGGAAAGAUGGUGAAACAAGCACCAUCAGAUCUACGGGAAAUUGCUCUUCAAACUACUGCAAAUCUGAUUCAUAUUCCGGUACCAGAACAAACAUCUGACAACUGUAAGCUGUCAGAGAAAUGGUUUGAUCAUCUGGAUCCCAACAUGCUUCAGAUCAUCAUGUCUAUCGCUAGGCAACCAUUUCCAGAACUUAGACACAGUUCUCACAGUGUUCUGUCAGCACUAGCUUUGAUACCAUGGGGACAGAAAAGAUUAUGUGAAUUUCCAGGUUUUAAUGAAUAUCUACUUGAUCGAUCAACAGAAAAGGACAAAGAAGCAAAAGAGUCCAAAUAUGAAAUAAUUAGAACAUUAGCAGAGAGUCCAACCUCAAUGAACAUUUUUGGUCAGCCCUAUAUUGUCCAAUUAAAGGCUUAUUUUUUGCAAGGGCCUAUUUAUGUGCAAACAGAAAGCCAGGUAGCAUUUGAAGGUGAUUAAUUUUCUUAAUAUUAUGUGAAAAAUAUUUUUUUUUAUAAUAAAAAUCUGUUAGUAGCUGAA